CUGAAGAGUAGUAUGGUGCCGCCCGCCGCGCUCGUCACGUCGUGAGGAUGCGUCUGGGUGCAGGAGGCCGCUCACACUCACUCCGGCACCUCCAUGAGCGCAACUAAUUGUGACCGCAUAUAAAGGGUUGACGAGGUACGAGGAGCUCAGUCAGUCCUCUCUGGUCUGUGGCGGUGAGUGAGCCGGCAGCCGGCCCUGCCUGCAGUGUCCUCAGCUGGCUGCUGCUUGCUUGCUGCAACACUCGUCCCGGCGGUCAACAUGAGCAGUCGCAUGCAGUCGGCACGGCCGCCCGCCUCCCUGGUGCACGGUGGUGGCGGAGGUGGAGGUGGUGGUGGCAAGAGCAAGGGCGGGGCCGCGGGCGGCGCGGGCGGACAUAGGCCGCCCUCAGCCACCUCUGGCGUCCAUGACCAACGUGCCAAGACAAUUCUGAAGGAGGCAGUGGACGCUGUUGUCAACAGCUUCGCCAAGCACACACAGGGCUACGGCAGAGCCUCCGCCGCCCACACGCCCACGACCUUCGCCGGACCGUCGUACCCAGAACACGUGAACGUGGUGGAGGCGCUGCAGGAGUUCUGGCAGAUGAAAGCCCAGCGCGGGGCGGAGCUGAAGAACGGCGCCCUGGUCAUCUACGAGUCCGUGCCUUCAUCCUCCCCGCCCUACGUGUGUUACGUCACCCUCCCCGGGGGGUCUUGCUUCGGCUCCUUCCAGAACUGCCCAACCAAGGCCGAAGCCAGACGCAGCGCCGCCAAGAUUGCGCUGAUGAACUCCGUGUUCAACGAGCACCCGUCCCGCAGGAUCUCCGACGAAUUCAUCGAGAAGGCCGUGGCCGACGCUCGGGCACAGUUCAAGGUGAGAGCCAGCUGGGGGUGGUACUAG